AUGGUGGCAGCACCUUCGACCGAGCAGCCCGUGCUCAGGACAAAGACGCCCUCCUAUCAUGCUCCGCCAUCCACCGAUCCGCGUUCGGGAGCCAGCAUUCACACGCUGCGAUGCUUGGACACCCCAAUUCACCUCGGCUACCACCUGAUCCCUCACAUCGCCAAGACGCUGCUCGCCACGCUUCCUUCUUCCACCUACGUUCUCAUCACCGACCAGCACCUCGAGUCAAGAUGCAGCGUCACUACCGCCUUCCGCCGCGAGUUCGAAAAGGCCGCAGCCGACCUCUCCUCAUCUCACACCUGGAGGCUACUCACCAAGGUCAUCCCGCCUGGCGAGGCCUCCAAGAGCAGAGAAGGCAAGAACGCCAUCGAGGAUUGGAUGUUCGAGCACCGCGUCACUCGUGAUGCCGUUGUUCUUGCUGUCGGCGGAGGUGUCAUUGGCGAUCUUGUCGGCUUCGUCUCGGCCACUUUCAUGCGUGGCCUCAAGUUUGUCCAGAUUCCCACCACGCUCCUUGCCAUGGUCGACUCGGCUGUUGGCGGCAAGACGGCGAUCGAUCACCCACUCGGCAAGAAUCUCAUCGGCAGCUUCCACCAGCCCAAUUAUGUCUUCAUCGAUGCCGCUUGGCUCAAGACGCUGCCGCCACGCGAGUUCAGCAACGGUAUGGCCGAGGUGGUAAAAACGGCAGCAAUCUGGGAUCCCAUCGACUUUGCCAAGCUCGAGUCCAGCGCACCCGCCAUUCGCUCCGCCGUACUUGGGCCUUUCGCCAAGGACGCUCCCUUGGAUCAAGGCAGGACCCUCGACACGCGCACCGAAGCUCAGUCGCUCUUGCUCGAUGUUAUCCGCGGCUCUGUCGGUGUCAAGGCUCACAUUGUCACCAUCGAUGAGAAGGAGACUGGCCUUCGAAAUCUCGUCAACUUCGGACACACCAUCGGUCACGCCAUCGAGGCCGUGCUGACACCCGAGAUGCUCCACGGAGAGUGCAUCUCCAUCGGCAUGAUCCUCGAAGCCGAGGUCGCUCGUUACAUGCACGGUCUGAGUCAAGUCGCCAUUGGCCGUCUCACUCGCUGUCUCAAGGAAUACGAUCUGCCCGUCUCGCUCCACGACUCGCGCGUCACUCGCCUCGCCAAGUCGCUCGACGUCACCAUGGACCGUCUGCUGGACAUCAUGAAGGUCGACAAGAAGAACUCGGGCAGCGACAAGAAGAUUGUCUUGCUCAGUUCCAUCGGUGACACUGUCGAGGACAAGGCUUCUACCGUCAGCGACGACAUCAUCCGCCGAGUGCUCUCGCUCGGUGCCACCGUCACGCCAAUCCUGGAGCGUCCCAACAACCCAAAGGUAACCCUCUCCACCCCUGGUUCCAAGUCCAUCUCCAACCGCGCUCUCGUUCUCGCCGCUCUGGCUGGAAACACGUGCCGCCUGCGCAACAUGCUUCACUCGGACGACACUCAGGUCAUGAUGGCCGGCCUGCACGAUCUGCAAGCCGCUCGCUUCGAGUUCGAGGACGGCGGAGAGACCAUCGUCGUUCACGGCAACGGUGGCGCCCUCGGACGUCCCGCCAACAACAAGCAGAUCUACUUGCAGAAUGCCGGAACGGCUGCUCGUUUCAUGGCCACCGUCGUCAGCUUGGUUCGCAAUGAUGGCAACCAGGAGCCUGUCGUCAUUACCGGCAACAAGCGAAUGAAGGAGCGCCCCAUCGGACCGCUCGUCGAUGCUCUUCGAUCCAACGGCACUUCCAUCGACUACCUUGAAGGUCAAGGCUGCUUGCCCCUCGCCGUCAAGGGCACCACGCACGGCUUCAAGGGUGGCAAGAUCCAGCUCUCGGCCACCAUCUCGUCGCAGUAUGUCUCGUCUAUCCUUCUCUGCGCUCCCUACGCUGCGGAGGAGGUCGUGCUCGAGCUCGUCGGCGGUCAGGUCAUCUCGCAGCUCUACAUCGACAUGACCAUCGCCAUGAUGGCCACCUUUGGCAUCAAGGUCGAGCGUCUCGUCGAUGCUGCUUCGGGUCGUCCUUCGAACACAUACCGCAUUCCCAAGGGCCAGUACGUCUCGCCUGACGUCUACGACAUUGAGAGCGAUGCCAGCAGUGCUACCUACCCUCUGGCCAUCGCCGCCAUUACUGGCACCGAAUGCACGGUCCCCAACAUCGGCUCUGCCUCGUUGCAAGGGGAUGCACGCUUCGCGAAGGAGGUCCUCGAGCCCAUGGGCUGCACCGUCGUUCAGACCGCAACCUCGACCACGGUCACCGGACCCCCCGUCGGCCAACUUCGCCAGAUCGGGCUGGUCGACAUGGAGCCUAUGACGGAUGCUUUCUUGACUGCAUCGGUGCUUCUUGCCGUCGCUGCUCAGCCUGCUGCCAACGAUUCGACCUCGACUGCUCGCGCUUCAACCCGCAUCACUGGCAUCGCCAACCAGCGAGUCAAGGAGUGCAACCGAAUUCGAGCCAUGAUGGAUGAGCUCGCCAAGUUCGGCGUCGACACCAAGGAGCACGAGGAUGGCCUCGAGAUCUUUGGCAUCGACUACCGUCAGCUGCGCGCCAACGUUCGCGUCCACUGCUACGACGACCACCGUGUGGCUAUGGCAUUCUCCGUGCUUGCCAGCUUGGCUCCCGGCGCCAUCUUGGAAGAGAAGCGAUGUGUGGAAAAGACGUGGCCCAACUGGUGGGAUGACCUGGAGCGCAAGCUCGGCAUCCGAGCGCACGGUGUCGACCCAGAGUGCUCGCCCAGUCUCUGCAUCUCGCCCUCGCACUUCAACAAGGCUAGCGUCGCAGGUGCCAACGGCACGCACGGCGUCUCGUUGUCUCAGUUGACGACCAGCCGAGCCCUGACCCCGCGCAAGUAUAGCAAGGAUGCGAGCAUCAUUUGCAUCGGCAUGCGUGCCUCGGGCAAGACCUUCCUGGGUGCCAUCGGUGCCGCUGCGCUCGGACGCACGUUCGUCGACGCCGAUGUCGUGUUCAACGAGAAGCUCGCUGCCAAGGAUGGUCUGGGCGAUUUCGUCAAGCAGAACGGCUGGCCCGCUUUCCGACAGAUGGAGCUCGAGAUCCUGCAAGAGUUGAUCGUGCGUAACCCCACCAAUGCGCUUAUCUCGCUCGGCGGCGGUGUUGUCGAGACCGAAGCUUGCCGAGAGAUCCUGGCAGAAUAUGCGCAGACGAAGGGUCCGGUGGUCUACAUCGUUCGCGACACGGAUGCGAUUGUCAAAUUCCUCGAGACUAGCGACCGUCCCGCUUACGGCGAGCCGGUGAUGGAUGUCUACCACCGCCGCAAUCCCUGGUUUAGCGCUUGCUCGUCCGCCGAGCUCGUCUCGUACUCGGAAGGCGAGUCGCUCGCCGUUCAGCCGUGCGCGAGCAAUGUGCCCAGUGCCUCGUUCACGAUUCAGAAGCGAUUCGGGCUUGAGACCGAGGUGACGCGCUUUUUCAAGUUCAUCACUGGCCAAGACACGAACCGCAUCGAGGAUCUCGUCAUUGACAGCCGAAAGGGCGGCCGACGAACGUACUUUCUCAGCCUCACCUUCCCGGAUCUGCUGCCCAACCUCGAGCUGAUCCGGAGCAUGGAGACGGGAGCGGACGCGCUUGAGUUCCGUGCGGAUCUGCUCGAUCCCUCUGGACAGCCAGUGACCAAGUCGCAGGUCCCUCCGACCGAGUACGUCAAGAACCAGCUCGCCGCUCUGCGUCACCGCACUUCGCUGCCGAUCGUCUUCACCGUCCGCACCCAGUCGCAAGGCGGUAUGUUCCCCGACGGACUGCAGAAGGAAUACUUUGAACUCAUCAGCCUGGCCCUACGCCACGGGUGCGAGUACAUCGACCUCGAGCUCGGCUGGGACGACGAGCUGCUCUCCGCCGUCAUCGCCGCCAAGGGCCACAGUCAGAUCAUCGCCUCGUGGCACGACUGGUCCGGCCGUUUGGACUGGGAGAGCGAGUCGACCGCCCAGAUCUACGAAAAGGCGUGCCGCAUCGGCGACAUUGCCAAGAUCAUCGGCAAGGCCAAUUCGAUGGAGGACAACUACAGUCUGGAGCGUUUCCGUGCCCGCGUGUCUGCCACGGCGACCAAACCGCUGCUGGCGGUCAACAUGGGUGCUGUGGGGCAGCUGAGUCGGAUCGUCAACCCGGUGUUUACGCCGAUUACGCACGAGGCGAUGCCGUUCAAGGCGGCGCCGGGCCAGCUGACGUUCCGACAGGUGCAGACGGCGUUGGCGCUCAUCGGUCAGGCGGAACCGCUGAAGUUUGCCCUGUUCGGCAGCCCAAUCAGCCACAGUCUCAGCCCUGUGCUGCACAACACCGGAUUUGCAGCCUUGGGCCUGCCGCACCAGUACGAGCUGUUCGAGACCCAGGAGGUGGACGACAGCCUCGCAGCGUUCAUCAAGGCCCCCAACUUUGGCGGUGCCAGCGUCACCAUCCCGCACAAGCUCAACAUCAUCAAGCUGCUGGACCACGUGACGGACGAGGCGAAGGCCAUCGGCGCGGUCAACACGGUGAUCCCCGUGCGCGAUGGUAAGGGCAACGUGACGUCGCUGGUGGGGGACAACACGGAUUGGAUCGCGAUCGAGACGCUGGCUCGUCGUUCGUUGCGCACGGUCCAUCUGGCGGAUCCGAGUCUGACGGCGCUGGUGAUCGGUGCGGGGGGAUCGGCGCGUGCUGCGCUGUUUGCGCUGUACCAGCUCGGUGUGAAGCGGAUUCUGCUGUUCAACCGUACGCUGGCGAAUGCCGAGAAGUUGGCGAAGGAGGUGCCGGUGGAAUGGAACGUUCAGGUGCUCGAAUCGCUCGAUCAAAUCGCCGCGCUGCCAGCGGACCAGUCACCUUCCAUCGUCGUCUCAAACAUCCCCGCUGAAGGCGCAACGCUCGACCCCACCGCAACGGACCUCAUCCAUAUUCCGACUGCCAUUUUGCGAAACCCAGCAGGAGGCGUGGUCAUCGAUAUGAGCUACAAACCGUAUCUGACGAGCCUGCUGCAGCUCGUCGAGCAGGUCAAUGCGGCGACGGCGCCCAUCAAGGGUAGGAAGCUCUGGACCGCUUGCCCAGGCAUCACGAUCUUGCUCGAACAGGGAUGCCACCAGUUCCAGAGGUGGACGGGACGCGAGGCGCCCCGGGCCCAGAUCGAACAGGUGGCUUGGGACGUGUAUCUCGAGCGCUGA